AUGUCUGGAGUUAAUCGUCCAAUGAGCCAGAUGCGAAAAUUUGAAACGAAAGAAGCAAUAUUUCGUGCGCGCAAGAGAAUACUUCGAUACCUUGUGUUGGGGUUUCUAAAACAGGAGGGUCUGAUGCACUCUGCCGAGACACUCGUCUCCGAAGCCGCCCUCACUGACGAGUAUGAGCUCUGCGAUAACAUAGACUUGGAUAUUAUUCUACAGGACUACUGCAGCUACUACCUCAUGCGAUUCAACAAACAGCCUCAAUUUUGCCGCAAGGUUGGUGAGGGACAGGUGAAGCGGCCGCAGACUCGCAGGGCGAAGCCCCAACAGGCGGAACGGAAGCCCGAUGCCGAACCGGCGUGCGAGCCUGACUUGCCGGCUAGUUUCACCGUCACUCAGUUAUUGCAGGCUCCUGAAAACAUAAAAAGCAAAAUACCAGCGAUAGAGAGGAAGCCCCUAAAUGGGCUCCUGGCCACGCUGUCGAGCGAUAAAAAGCAGUUGGUUGAGAUUUUGUACCAGGAUAUCAUACGGCCUUCAGAAGUCUGCUGGGAUGACGUUAAAGGUCUGACGAAUGCUAAGACUAUCCUUAUGGAGUCGGUCGUGUACCCUGUUAGGUAUCCACAAAUGUUCACCGGUUUACUGGAACCAUGGCGCGGGGUGCUGCUCCACGGCCCGCCCGGCACGGGCAAGACGAUGCUGGCCAGAGCUGUGGCAGCUGAAAGUGGGUGCACCUUCUUCAAUGUCACCUGUAGUACUGUUGUUAAUAAGUGGAGAGGCGAAUCCGAGAAGAUUGUUAAGGUCCUUUUCGACAUGGCGUCUUAUUACUCACCGUCCAUCAUUUUCAUCGACGAAGUGGAGACGUUAGCUUCCGAGAGAUCCUCAGCUGGGGAGCACGAGGCGUCCAGACGACUGAAGUCGCAGCUCCUGACAGAGUUGGACGGUAUCAACGUGAGGGAUGGCAUCGUGUUUCUAUUGGCCAAUUCUAACAUGCCGUGGGAGAUCGACUCGGCCAUGCUUCGCCGCCUCGAGAAGCGUAUACACAUCCCGCUGCCAGACGCGGAGACUCGAUCCGAACUAUUCGCAUCACACCUCAACGGUGGGGACAUUGAGCUGAUGGAAGGAGUGGACUUCCACAUGCUGGCCGAUAUGACUGAGGGUUACUCGGGGAGCGAUGUGAAAUUGGUUUGCAAGGAGGCGCUGAUGGCCAGCGUGAGGAAGAUGUUGAACGUCGGGAGAAGUGCGAGGAUUGGCAGAAAAGACAAGCUGCGUUUAUGCGAUAUCUUGACAGCUAUCGAGAAAACCAAACCCGUGUCUAAAGGUUUAGACCAGAGGCACGCGGAGUGGCAGGACAAAAUGGGCUCUGCUUGA